CAGUCAGUUGUCGGUUGGCUUUGGUCGCAAACGGGUUCGUUUUCUGUUCUUGCGUUUUAUCGUUAGUUUUUGUUCUCUAUUGUCUGUUUAUUGUUUCUAAUUGUUUGUUUCGAUUAACUAUUGAUAAGAAAAAAAAAAUAGUUUGACCGUAGAAAAAGUGUGGAAAGUUCCUUGGUGUACGUCAAAGUAAAAAUAUUUCAACAACCUGAGCUGAGCAGUCUUCGCUAGAACGUCGCGUGGUUGACAUCAACGGCUUCCAAGGGUUGGCUUUUAUUUUUGGUGAGAUUUGGCCGAGGAUUUCCCCUGUGUGCCGUGGAACAGGUUUUGUGGAAUCACUGGAAUUAUAAAUACCUUCGGGGAGGUACAGUUACACCGGAAUAAAUUGAGUGGAAAAUACUGCAGAUCACGGGAUCCAUUAGGUAAUUUGUCGGCGAGUGAUUCACAGUGAUCGAGAUUCUCGAGGUUGACAAAUCACUUUCGAUAGUGAUAUCUGGCAGGUGGCUUAAAGUCAAGAAAAGGCGAUCGCAGUAGUCGGGUGCAGUUUAGUUUAACGUCUACUGUGCAAACAUGACGACCUACUGCGGUAGGGCGACGAGAGUGCCCGCGAAGAAUAAGGUGAAAGCAUGCGCGUUUUGUGUGUUGUUGUGCUUGGCCAACUUUGUGCAAUUGAGUGAUGCACGUAAAAUGGUGACGAGUGGCCGCGUUACUAAGCCAACACCGCCAAGAGGUUAUGCUAAUCCGGACAUUGCCAAGCUGAGUUAUUCGCCUAGCCAAUCGGGAAUGCCGCCUCCACCUAAGACCCAUAUGACAGCACCAGCGCCGAUGCCAGUGUCUGGUCCUAUACCGGUUGCCUCGGCACCGGUUCAGCAAGCCGCCAAGCCUCCACAAAUGGGUUGGAAUGUACCGCAGAAUGCUCCACCACCAUAUUCUGCCCACCCUCAUCAGGGACCCCCACCACCAUAUUCGGCUCAACCUAACCCGAACAUGAAUUCGCGAUUCAAUGAGCCAGCACCACCAUAUGUGCAGAGCAAUCCUAACUUCCCGGCUCCUGGAUAUCCUUCGCAUCAACCUGGUUCUUAUGCUCCUGCUGCUGCUACUGGCGUACUAGCUGGAAGUGCGUAUCGCCCGCAUGGACACAAUAUCUCAUCAGGACCUCCAGCCGGUAUGGGAUACAUGCCAAUGCCAAAUUCUGGAGUUCAACCUCCUCCACCAGUUGGCUCCUUCCCUGGGGCACCUCAACCAAGCGGCGGAUAUCCUGGAGGAUACCAACCUGGAGGCUACCCACAGCCCAAUUACCCUCAACAACCUGCUUAUCAACCGCCAGUUGGUGGCUAUCAACAACCACCUGGAACAGUUAUAGUUCAUCAAUACCCACAAGCUCAAUCAUCGGGAGGAAGCGGAUUGGGAACAGUGUUGGGAGCGGGUGUCGUAGGCCUAGCCGCUGGCGCUGGAGGUGCCGCUAUUUAUGACGCUCUGAAACCCAAGGACGAUGCCAAGGAAGCUGCACCGGCUGCCGUUACUGAAGCAACGACUACAACGACACUGGCCCCGAUCAAUCCCAACGGAGAUGCCCCGCUGGCCCCACUAGUCCCAGCUCCUGCCAGCCCUGAGGCUCCGCUCGCUCCCAUGCCAAUCUCCUCACCAACUCCAAACGCUGAAACCCCGCUAGCUCCCAUUCAACCAAUAGCUGAGACCCCUACGAAUACCGACACACCGCUGGCACCACUGCCAGCAGAGACCACAUCAGCCGAAGCGACAACGACAACUACAACUACAGUGACAAACCCGCCAACCACCAGCACUGAAGAUCAUCUAGGAUUGGCCCCGUUGGCUGCGUUCCCAGUCUCCGAUCGCAGCUCUAGCAGCAGCAGCGUCUCUACCGCAGCAUCAGCCGAAACGAGUCCCGCAGCAGCUUCGUCGACAGUAGUGGUCGAAACACCGAAUGCCGCUCUCAACGUCCAGCAAAAUUUGGUGGCCGUUACGACCGGGGUGGCACCGAGUGAACCGACAUCUGCCCCGCAGCUGAGUGCGGCACAAUCUUCCGGAAUGAUCCCUACAGUGCAGCCGUCCACCACCGGCUUCCUGCUGCUGCUGCUGUCGGCCUUCUGCCGAUAUGUGCUUUCGUCGUGAGAGGUGUCCAGCAGCUGGUGACCGUAAGUCAGCAACCAGAGUGCCCAGCUCCCCUUACCAUCUCUCAGCGGAUUGAUUCGUGAGAUUUUCCGACAGAGUUUGUUUUCAAAACGAGCGCGUGUAAACACACGCUGUCGGGUUAUCAAGCUUUGUUCAAUCUUUCGCUAGAUAAGGUACUCUGUCGGUUCUUUUAUCUCGUACCUCAAAUGAUUUAAACUCGACGCAUGGAUCCGAUCACACUUACUGAGCAUAAUCAUAAUCUUUCUUUUGCGAGUUUAUUUUCAAAGAAAGCACUUCUCUGAUGGUUUUUUCGUUUUUCUCUUUGCCUAUGUCGGAAUAUUUUCCUAUAAAUUCAACUGUAAGUUGAAGAUUUCCAAUAACAAAAGCAGUUAUGUGGUCAACCUAUGCGUCUGUUCUUUUUCUUUCAAGUAAGAGAUAGAUGAACCGAAAGAUUCAUUCGUCCUAAUUUUCGGUAUGUAUCGACAGAACCACCUGCUGGUUGAAUGAAUCUUCCCAAGAAAACAAAAAAAAAAUUGUAGCAAAAAUGAAUGUCAUUCCAACAUGAGCUUCAACAACAACAACAGAUUUUGGCAAUCACCGCCCACUUUGUUCUUCACGUAACUAUUCGGAACAAGGUUUGGCUUCCAAACCCCUAGCGAAUUGGGUCGAAAAAAAGUGUGUGUAAUCUGUUCCUUUUUGUGAUCGUGGAAAAAAAAACACUUUAAUACCAAGUUUUGUUUUUGUUCUAAUAAAACAAGUUCAAAAACGAGUAGGGCCAUCGAAGAAAAGUCAUAUAAAUAAUUAAUUAGUUGUGUGUAUUAUUAGCGAUAGCCGACCGUUAUCAUAGUUUUAAGAGCAGUGCUAGGAAAUAAGUUUCCCCUCAAUUUAACAAGAUGAAAGCAACCAGAAGCAAUGGAAAAACAACGUGUGAUGUCCAUUGGAAACUAUCAAAUAAAAAAACAAAAAUUAUAACAUGCGAAACCAGUAAAACAAAAAGUCUUUAUACACAA